AUGCCGGAGUCCGCGGACGAGAUGACCGUCGCCAGGCUCGUGGACCGCGACUGGUUCAGCGCCGUCGCCCCCGUCGGCGUCCUCCAGUCCAAGUGCGAGCCCAUCAUCGCCGGCGACCACGCGGGCGGGCACGCCGCGUUCCUCGCUUCCCUCCGCGCGUCCGCGCCGACGUCGCCGUGCACGCGCGUCUGGAUGGCUGGCGCGGUGGCGUACCGUUGCCGCACGUGCCAGACUGGGGAGCAGUCCAGCGUGUGCGUGCGCUGCUUCAAGAGCGGCGACCACGAUGGGCACGAUUACAUCAUGUAUAGGAGCGAGACGGGGGGGGUGUGCGACUGCGGCGACGUCGAGUCGUGGGCGCGCGAGGGGUGCUGCCCGGCGCAUCGACCGAGUAGGGACGAUGACGAUGACGAAAACGACGUCGUCGACGCGUCAGACGAGGAAGCCGCGUCGUCGUCGUCGUCGUCGUCGUCGCUCCUCCCGAAAGAGAGGCGAGACGCCGCGGUCGCGGUGUACGGCGUCGUGUGCGAGCGCCUGCUCCUCGCGCUCGAGUCCGUCGCGCGAAUGAAGGGCCCGACGCGCCCCCCCGCCGCGGGCGGUCGAAGGGCGGAGGCGCGUUCACGUUUACGCCGGUCCCCGUACGACCGCGUCGGCGUGCUGCACGCCGUUCCUUGA